AUGUUUUUCUUUUUAGCAGUCAGUUUUCUUAUUGGUUGGAUUACAUUUAAAUGGUUUUUAUCUCGAUUAUAUGCGUCUUCAUCUCCUUCAAAUAUUAACUUGAAACUUUUUCAAGACUUUAAUCAACUGUUUCUAUUAAAAGAUGAUGAAGUCAAUCAUAACAUCAGUCUUCAUCAUUUACCAGCAGUAUUAGUAGAUUUAAAUGCUUUUGAUAAAAAUAUAUCAUUUCUUCGUAAUCAAAUGUCUGUACAUUCACAAACAACUAUUCGUAUUGCAUCAAAAUCAAUUCGUGUACCAUUUUUAUUACAACGUAUCUUAUCUACUGGUCAUCCAUACAAAGGAUUAAUGUGUUAUGCUGUAGAAGAAGCUGAAUUUUUAUCAAGUUUAGGUUUCGAUGAUUUUCUCAUUGCUUAUCCAACACAACAAAUCUUAGAUUAUGAAAUUUUAAGAAAUUUACAUGAUAAACAAAAGAGAAAAGUGAGCAUUGUAGUUGAUCAUAUUCAAUUUAUUGGAGAAUUAAAUGAAUUCAUGACGGGAAUCGAUAGGCCAUUUCCAAUUAUUUUAGAAUUUGAUGGUUCAUAUCGAAUGUUAGGUGGAUAUAUUCAUAUUGGUGCUCGUCGAAGUCCAGUACGAACUAUUUCUCAUUUGAUUGACAUAAUUGAAAUGAUUAAAAAAUUAAAGUUUGUUCAAUUAGAAGGUUUAAUGUUGUAUGAAAGUCAUAUAGCUGGUGUAGGUGAUAUAAAUCCAAAUAAUUUUUGGCUUAAUCCAUUCAUUUAUUGUAUGAAACAUUUUUCGAUUUUGAAAAUUCAACAACUUCGAAAAGCAUUGAGUCAUAUUUGUUUAAAAUAUGAUUUAAAAAUAUUUAAUGGAGGUGGAACAGGUAGUUUCAUGUCAACUCUUUCGGAAAGUUCUGUUCUAACUGAAAUAACAAUUGGUUCAGGAUUCUUUCAACCACAUUUAUUUGAUUAUUAUCAGCAGAAUCAGUUGAUGAUUAGAGAAUUUGGUUCAACAUUUGUACCAUCGUGUUAUUUUGCUUUACCCGUGGUACGAAUAUCCGAUGAUAAUGAAUGGAUAACAUGUUCUGGUGGUGGAUAUAUAGCAUCGGGUAGAUCUGGAUGGGAUACAUUACCAAUUCCAGUUUAUCCAUUAGGAUUGACAUUGAGUGUUAGUGAAGGAGCUGGUGAAGUUCAAACACCAUUAAAAAUUCAUUCGAGUAGAAAAGAUGAAUCAAUGAAAAUAUUAAAACAAAAUAAAAUAGUCUAUUUUCGACAUGCUAAAGGUGGAGAAUUAGCAGAACGAUUCAAUUCUUUUUUAAUAGUAAAUAAUGGUCAUGUUAUUGAAAUUGCGAAAACUUAUCGAGGAUAUGGAAAAUGUUUUUUCUAA